AUGAGAUGGCGUAAUUUAUUAUAUGCACCAUUAUAUGUGCAAUAUUUCAUAAUUUCAACCAACACAUCAGCAGUAUAUUCCAUUUGCACAUAUCCUUUGGGCUAUAGUGGACUUUGUAGCACAAAGACAACAUCUAAAUGCCGUCAAUCAAUUGCAAAUCACAUACCAACAACUUUUGUUCCAACAUAUUUUAAAAUUAAAAAUAAUUACUCGUUGCAACAUAUCGGAGUAUUUAACUACUUAAGGGAUAAAUUGGACAAUUUUUUGCAGGGCCAAUGGUUCGUUCCUCCAGUGCCAACUGGGCCAAAGCCCUCGGAAAUUAUCGCAGCCAGAGGGUCACUGCAGACGGACGAAGAGACAGCACAGUUGUUGUAUGAUCUGGGCUUGGAUGAAGAUGCGAAUGCCGAUGAAGUGAUCUCCGCGAUGGAACACCAACUGUCAAUCUUACCUGAAGACAGGCAUGAGGAAUUACGACAACAGGUGGAUGAGCUGCUACGAAAGAAAUUUGUGGAAUUGUUCAGGGAGUUUGAGGAAAAAAUGGAACAAGGACCAGAGAUAUGGCGGGAACUUUGGGACCCUUCAAAGGAUCCUGAUAAUUCAUUGGAGUCAUUAGUUAAUGAAAAAGAGCUUAGUGAUGAUGGAAGGAGAUUAAUUAAAGCCGCAUUGAGGAAAAAAAGAAUUGAUGCCUUUUUAUAUACCUUAGACUUGGGCGGGUUGAUAAGAUUUACCGAUAAGAAGCUGUUAAAUCAGCGGCUGUGGAAGGUACAAUUUUUGAUGCUACCUGUACUAGCUAUGAGCAUAUUUGAACGUCUAUCGCCUACUUGCAUGGCUCUCCAGUCCAUGAUAGCCACCAAGCUCAUUUCAGAAUGUGCCAACCAUGAUUCCACACCUCCACUGGAUUCAUCAACUGACCCGGCGGGUUCAGUUGCAACUAUGGGAAACGAAUCUCCAACAACAGCCAGAACCCAACGUUCCUUAUCUGCCCGAUCAAUGAUGACAUCUAUGGUGGUGUUGUCUACCUCUUUAAUUGGGACUGUGAUAUCCAGGAUCGCACAGCAAGUCAUCAAGAACUUAUUACAGUUACCCUACUUGAAUGAUCUCGCUCCAACAGUAAUAACUGCAUUUUGCGUAAACACGUGCUUGAUCAUAUCAUCGCUCCUGGUAGACACGAGCCCAAUGAAUGCUGAACAACAGAGGCUACAUGAUUUGGCGCGGCUUGAAAAACUACCAUUUCCAAGCAACAUCAAUGGGCUUUCAGAGAUAACCAGUUCCACUGCAGACACCGAUGAUUCCGACGAUUUGAUCAUCCACUGUUAA